UCUUAAGGCGGCGCCGGGCGGGGGGGGGGCGAGAGCGGAGCGCGGCGAUGUCGGCGAGUCACGACAGCCGAUCUCGCGAGAGCGGCCCCGAGGGGAUGGAGCCGGACGGGGUCAUCGAGAGUAACUGGCACGAGGUUGUGGACAGCUUUGACGAGAUGAACCUGUCGGAGGCGCUGCUGCGCGGGAUCUACGCCUACGGCUUCGAGAAACCCUCGGCCAUCCAGCAGAGAGCCAUCCUGCCCUGCAUCAAAGGUUAUGACGUCAUCGCGCAGGCGCAGUCGGGCACAGGUAAAACCGCCACCUUCGCCAUCUCCAUCCUGCAGCAGGUGGAGCUGGAGCUCAAGGCCACGCAGGCGCUCGUGCUGGCCCCCACCCGCGAGCUGGCCCAGCAGAUCCAGAAGGUGGUGAUGGCCCUCGGGGACUACAUGGGGGCCUCGUGCCACGCCUGCAUCGGCGGCACCAACGUCCGGGCCGAGGUGCAGAAGCUGCAGCUGGAGGCGCCGCACGUCGUGGUGGGGACGCCGGGGCGCGUCUUCGACAUGCUCAACCGCCGCUACCUGUCCCCAAAGUUCAUCAAGAUGUUCGUGCUGGACGAGGCCGACGAGAUGCUGAGCCGCGGCUUCAAGGAUCAGAUCUACGACAUCUUCCAGAAGCUGAGCGGGAACACGCAGGGAAGAUUUUGA